AUGCAAUAUUCUCGUACAUCGCCUCUCAUUAGACGAUUGACAACUCGUCUGAGUCAUUCCGCAACACAGUCAGUGCGUCAUAUUUCACAAGUCAGAAAUUUACACAUUCAAGCUCCUGCAGCUUUAUAUACCGUUGGCUCAGAGCACUUAAGAUCAUCAAAUACCUUUCAAAAGAGUAUAUUUGCAAAUCAAAUCAGAACCUAUGCUGAUAAGGUUGUCAAGGUUCCUCAAAUGGCAGAAUCUAUUUCUGAAGGCACACUUAAGCAGUGGGUGAAACAGGUUGGAGAUUUUGUACAACAGGACGAAGAAGUUGCCACCAUCGAAACCGAUAAAAUCGAUGUCACUGUGAAUUCUCCUGCUUCAGGAACCAUCGUCGAAGUUUACGCUCAAGAAGAAGAUAACGUGUCGGUUGGCGCUGACUUUUUCAAAUUAGAGCUCGGUGAUGCACCAAAAGAAGGCGCUGCACCUCCCAAACCAAAGGAAGAACCCAAGCAGGAAGAAUCCAAACCUGUAGAAGAAAAGAAAGAGGAACCCAAGAAGGAAGAACAAUCCAAGCCAGAGAAACCUUCCACCCCUGCUGCUGCACCUAAGCCUUCUUCCUCUUCUCCUUCCUCUCCUGCCUCAUCCGAGACUGAAAAGGUCUAUGGCAGUCGCAACGAAACUCGUGUCAAGAUGAACCGCAUGCGUCUCCGUAUCGCCGAGCGUUUGAAGCAAUCUCAAGACACGGCUGCUUCUUUAACCACAUUCAACGAGAUCGAUAUGACCAACCUUAUGAACUUACGUAGUGAAUACAAGGAUGCCGUAGUCAAGAAACACGGUGUCAAGUUCGGCUUCAUGUCUGCUUUUGUAAAGGCCGCCGCUGAAGCAUUGAAAGAAAUCCCUGCUGUCAACGCUUCUAUUGACGGUACUGACAUUGUUUACCACGACUUUGUUGAUAUGAGUGUCGCUGUUUCUACACCUAAAGGUCUUGUCACACCUGUUUUAAGAAAUGUUGAAGAUAUGGGUUUCAUUGACAUCGAAAAGAAUAUUGCUGAACUUGGCAAAAAGGCUCGCGACAAUAAGAUCACAAUUGAAGAUAUGGCUGGCGGUACCUUCACUAUCUCUAAUGGUGGUGUCUUUGGUUCUUUGAUGGGCACUCCCAUCAUUAACUUACCACAGACUGCAAUUUUGGGUAUGCAUGCUAUCAAGGAAAGACCAAUUGCCAUUAACGGAAAGGUUGAGAUCCGUCCCAUGAUGUAUGUUGCGCUUACAUAUGAUCACAGACUUGUUGAUGGACGUGAAGCUGUUACAUUUUUAGUUAGAAUUAAAGAACUUGUCGAAGAUCCCAGAAGACUUCUUUUGGGUGUUUAA